AUGAACGACUAUUACAACCCUCCCGCAUACCAUCAGUCGGACAGCGCUAUGCCUUCUUCGAACAAUAUGUCUAUCAACGACGGCGUCUCCCUCAACAACGACUUUGCGGCUCCUCUCACCACGCAGCAAAAGUUCAACGAGGACGACUACGAAGUGCACGGCGUCAAAGAGCCAGACGACAACCCCUACCGGUUCGACGCCGACUCGAAGCUCAACCGACUCUCAAACAACCUGCACCUCAAGCGCGUCUUUUCCUGGCUCGACCCAAAAUUCUUCCACGAGCGCGCCUGGUUCAGCUGGACGUCUCCCCACUCCUACCAGCUCCCCGGCCACUACUACCGAUCUGCGAGUGGUGGACGGCUCAACGUCUACAGGCACAGAGACGUCUUUCGGCGAAAGUACGCCGGCUUGAACGACGAUCGGUACCUCAACCCGCUCGACGGGAGGGUGGAAAAGCUGUGUGUCCAGACGGUGAACGAGCUCUACGACGCGGACAACGAGACGACCUGGCGGAGGACGUACAUCGAGAACGUCAGUCCUUGGCUCAUCCGCCUGGCCUACUGGCCCUACUCGCACAUGCCUGUCCCAAGCUCGAGUUCCGAUCUCACUUACGGCCUUCGCGGAUCGUCCUCGACCGGCAUUGGCGCGUGGGAACAAGAACAAUGGCUCCACGUCGGCCUGCGUUGGCUCCCUACUUGCAUUGGCCUGCUGGUGCUGAUGAUCUUCCCGACCGACGUGCAGGGCCAAGUGCGCAACAAUGGCAAUUACGAUCCCGUGCCAUACCGAUACUGGUCCUACCCUCUGUGCGCGCGCAACUUUCGCGAGAACAAGGGCCAGACGCCCAACCCCGGACCCUUUGGGACGGCAAACGACUCCCGACUCUCUGAGCGGUGUCUGCGACCGCGCCUCUUGUGUUUUCUGGACCGCGUGACCGAGAGCAACCCCAGAGGCUGUCUCGACCCGCAGGUCUGGAUUGACGAGCACGGCGGAUGUGUCGAGCCAACGUACAUCUUCAUUUCCUACACGGCCGAGAACCAAUUUGAGCGGCGAUGUGCCGACGCCAGGAAAGACGUCCAGAGCACUGGCUCUUCGUACUGCAACUGUCUCCAAUGCCGGGACGCGGCCUCUGAUGCCGACGCCCUCCACAGAAUCGCGCGUGAGGCCGCCAAGAGUGCCAACGUGGCCGCGUACUGGACCGACCAAUGUUGCAUGUCCACCGACAAGGUCGAGCUGCAGGAAGAUGUCUACCGCAUCAGCGAUGUCGUCCGCGGCGCGGCAAAGAUCGUCAUCGUCGUCGGCCGGACAGGUCAGGACCGUCUCCCGCCCUCGGUCACCACGCUGGACCUGCUGAGGGAAUGGGGCACGCGAAUGUGGACGUGGCCCGAAGUUCUGCUGGGCCCUGCAGGGGAGAAGAUCCAGGUAUACACGCGAGGGGGAGACGCGCGUGCUCCGCUGGAGAUUUCCAAGAUGGAGUUCCCUGCCCAGGUCUGGGACGACGGCGACGUGGCGAGACAGCUGAUCGACAACUACGAGGGCUCACUGGCCUUGAGCCGGCUGGAACUCGUCGUCCUGGCACUGGAAUGCCUCAAACGACGCGUGGAACGAGGGACGACAAAAUACCUCGAAGGAGACCUGUCCUAUGCACUAAUGGGCCUGCUGAGACAACGGCCAAAGGUCAGCCAGACAGACUCUGCCUUUCAGGCCUUUGCGCGCCUUUCGUUGGCAAACGACAGUGACCGUCUGCUCGAGAGGAUGAUAUGCCUUCUUCCGCUAGAGGACAGUGACGAUUCCCGAAGCAGUGGCCAACACUACAACCACGCGACCAGUGACAACGGCCAGUACGGAACGAGAACCGUCGAUGACGAAAGCCGAAAAAGACAUUACUGGACAAACCUCGACGACUGCUGGGGCGCCAAACUCUGGGACAUCGAACCUAGCUGCCAGGUCGCAGGCAUCGGCAAGGACGACACUGUGAUCCUCGACGGCGCCUACGGUGCUACAAUCCACUGGGACAAAUUCCAGCGCGUCGCCAUCACCACACGAGAGACGUGGUCGCGCAUGCUAGCCCGGUACUUUGUGCGCGGCACGCCGGCGUGGUUCUUCACUGGCGUCCUCACCGUGGCGCUCUCGACAAAUAACCCUACCGGCAAGGCGAUAGGGGCGCUCUUCCUGAUCGUCGCGUUGGUCACCAUCCUCCUCUCCCCGAUGCUGAUCCUCCAUAUCUAUGGAGGCAAGGUCUGGAACACCCAGCCGUGGCUGUUCGGAUUUGAGGGACACAUGUCUCUGCGCAAGAUUGAGACGAAGAUCUUUGGGUUUCCUUCAGACCGGCUCUCGUGGGCGCCUUAUGCCAGCAACAUGUCCCAUCACCGGGUCAACAGUGAAUUCUUGGAUGACGAGUGCGAGGGCAUAGAUCCUCUGCUUGCAGGCGAGAAUGAGGGAGGUGGUGCGCAAACGGUAUCGACAACGGGAGAGAAGCUGAGACUCUUCACUUUGGUCGACACGAAUACUAUGACUGUAACCACAUUUCGUGCUGCGCGACCGCCCACUGUCGCCCUUCUCUGCGGCUCAGAAGGAGGCAUGCAGCGCGCGGUCAUGUGCUCGUAUGACUGGACUAAUCAGUGUCUGUGGCGAGAGACUGUGCUUCGCAUGGAGACAGCGGCGCUCCAAAAGAUGCCCAGGAUCGGGAGGGUCAGGUUUGGAUUGAGGCGAUGGGAGCUCGAGCUGGGAAGGAGUUUUCUGCAGCCUCCUGACUGA